AUGUUCGUGUGUGUUUGCUGUGGUGCUCAGGCCCCCAGCGUAUUUAUUCAGUACUCAGAGGAAAUAAUCAACCUUCAGUUGUGUGAACAUUGCGGAAGAAUAGUUGAUAAAUAUGUUGAGUAUGACUUCACAAUUAUUGCGAUAGAUUUGCUGGUUUGCAAAAUCGAGGCCUAUCGACACAUUCUUAGGAAUGUUGAUUUCCCCAGAAUAUUUCACCUUUUGCUUCUUAGCUGUAUCCUGACUGGUUUUCUUGGUUGGAUAUGUACGGAGACUUUUGAUGACUUUGAUACAGAUGGUAUUCACGUAGCAGUGAAUUCGGAGCUUUAUUUCUACAUUCUUUUGAAAAUAUUUCUUGCUUUGGAUUUUGGGUUUUUGUUGCGUAUCUUCAGCCACUUUUCGAAGCUUAGUCUUGCGACGCCAGACAUCAUUAAGUUGCUCAUAUUAACAAAUCUUUGUUCCCUAAUAGGCUUGCUGAUGUAUCCAUGGAAGGAUAUUUUGUUAAGCUACUUUCCCUGCCUUUCGAACUUAUUUGCCCCGUUACUGAGCUUCUUUUGUGGACUUUUAACAACAGUCCCUUCUUUUAGGGCGCUUUCGAACGCAUCUUGUAAACUUUCUUCAAUAAUAUCUUUGGUUUCCUGUGGUUUGGUUCUUGUGAUUGAGCUUUUCGUUAUUAAAAUACGAAUCGGCAAUUAA